AUGAAGAGAUCUCUAUCUUCACCAUGUAGAACACUCAUCAUCUUCUUGUUUCUUCUCUUUUUCUUCUCUUUAGCUAAUUCUAGACUUCAUUCCCCAAAACACCCAUUUUCAACUUCUUCAAGAAACACUCACAACCAACAUCAUCAUCUUCUUGAUUGUGAUUCUUUUUCUAAGAGAAACACUCAUUCCUUAUGCACCAAACUACAAAGAUUGGAUGAACAAGUGUCACCUUCCAAUGAUUAUGAGAUUGAUCCAAGAUUUGGUGUAGAGAAGAGGCUAGUUCCAACUGGACCAAACCCACUUCACAACUGA